CCUAGCAACAGAGACACACACAUCCAGAAGGUGGGUCAGUGGUUUAAUUGAACGAGUAAUCGCAGUUUGGCUUUUAAAAAACAUUUUUAUAAUGAGGUUACUCAAACUCUUCAUCGCCAGCUGUUAUUAAUAUUAAGUAAAUUACUAUCAUAAAGAUAAAUGUUACAAGCGUUUGUCUGGUUUAAUGUUAGUGAACGAGAGGAGAUGGAUGAAAGUUCACCUUGUCGUAUUUAUGUGGAAAGAACACUGGCCAUUAUUAAACCAGAUGCCAUCGACAAAGCUGAGGAGGUAGAGAGUAUUAUCCUCAAGUCGGGCUUCACCAUCCUGCAGAAGCGGAAGCUGCAGCUAAGUCCAGAGCAAUGCAGUGAUUUCUACGCAGAGGAGUAUGGAAAGCAUUUCUUCCCCAGCUUGACGGCCUUCAUGAGCUCUGGCCCCAUCAUUGCCUUGACGCUAGCACGCGACAAUGCUAUUGCCCACUGGAAGUCCAUCAUAGGACCUGUCAACAGUGCCAAGGCCAGAGAAACCCAUCCAGAGUGCCUUAGAGCAAAAUAUGGCACUUCUGAGCUACAAAAUGCCCUUCAUGGCAGCGAUUCAUUUCAAGCAGCUAUAAAGGAGAUCAAAUUCAUGUUCCCAAACUCUAUAAUUGAACCUUUACCCUCAAGAGAAGAAAAUGAAGAAUACCUGAGCAGGUAUAUAAACCCAGUUCUGCUAUGCGGGCUCACUGAGCUCUGCAUGAACAAGCCACUCAACCCCAUUAUUUGGCUCGCAGACUGGCUCAUCAAAAACAACCCAGACCAACCUCAAAUAUGUGAAGCGGUCGUUGUGGAAGAAGACCAAUGAGAGGCAAACAGUGGGAAAAAGGAGCAACGAGCACAGAGUUUAAUGUCUUUCCUUUUGACUAAGAAAUGAAUCUGUUCAACGCUAUAAUGAAAUAAAUCAUAUUUUCAGUCGUAA